AUGGUCAAUCUCGCACAGGCAUGGGCAGAGGAGUAUGCUACAGUCGAGUCUAAUGUUUCCAUUGAAGUCUCCGGUGGCGGUUCAGGAACCGGCAUCGCUGCGCUGACUAGCGGCACGGUGGACAUCGCGAAUUGUAGCCGUCAAAUAGCCUCAGAGGAGGUUGAACGUAUCAAACAGAAUACUGGCGAAGCACCGAAAGAGUUCAUCGUUGGAUACGACGGCCUCGCUGUUUACGUCCACAAGGACAACCCACUGGCUGAAAUCUCCAUAGAGCAACUUGCUAGCAUCUACGGAGAAGGUGGAAACAUAACUCAAUGGUCUCAACUCGGCAUCGAAAAUAGCAAGUGCCUCAAUGACGAGAUUAUUCGGGUGAGCCGACAAUCGAAUUCUGGGACAUUCGUCUAUUUCCGCACAGCAAUACUGGGCAAGAAUCGCGACUAUAAACUCGGUUCAAGAGAUUUACACGGUUCCAAGGCUGUCGUCGAACUCAUCGCACAUACGCCGUGUGCAAUUGGCUAUAGCGGCAUGGGAUAUGCCACGGAAGAGGUAAAGAUGCUCAAAAUUGCCAAAACCGCCGGUGAUACCGCCUAUGGUACGUUUAGCGUGACUGCCUUAGCGAUGGUUAUAGCUGUACCGUUUGGACUUGGGGCAGCUAUCUUCGUGUCUGAAUUUUGCGGACCGAAACUGAAGGAGACGCUCAAAAUCGUCAUCGAGUUACUCGCGGCGAUUCCGUCCGUUGUGUGGGGUUUCAUCGGCUUAACGGUGAUGAACGCACUGAUUAUCAAGAUAUUCAAAGUGCCGAUUGGCUUGACGAUGCUAAACGGUGGCAUCAUUCUGUCACUGAUGAGCGUCCCCAUUAUUGUCUCAAUCGGCGAAGACGCGCUCAAAGCUGUUCCGGAUUCGUAUCGAGAAGCAGCUGAAGCACUCGGCGCGACGCGAUGGCAGGUAAUUUAUCGUGUGUUGCUGCCCACAGCGAAGAAUGGGCUGCUUGCAGCGGUGCUAUUGGGCGUUGGGCGCGCUGUAGGUGAAACCAUGGCGGUGCUGAUGACAACAGGUCACGCGGUCAAUAUGCCGACUAGUCCUUUCGAUUCCGUCCGCACAUUGACCGCCACGAUUGCAGCCGAAUUAGGUGAGGCAGCAGUGGGCGGUGAUCACUAUCGUGUGUUGUUUAUCAUCGGCGUUUUGUUAUUUUCAAUUACAUUUAUUGUGAACUUUGUCACUGACCUUGUGAUUAAAGGUAUCCGUGGAAAGGCGUAG